UCUCUAGCUUGUCGGAUGCAGUAAGCUACGCGAAGUAAAAGUUAAACGCCACAGUGAUAGUGUGACACUUAUUAAGCUGGGGGACGGAGACGGUGCCGCUGAAACCAUGAAGGGGGGAAGCGAGUCGUAUUACAGCGUGUGUGUUAUAUAGCGUCGACAGAGAAUAUACAGCAGGGGGAAAAUAGGAAAAUGUCAACAACGCGGCCCCUCCCAGGCAUGAAGCGAAUCACCGAGCUAAGCUGCGCAGCGCCGCCGGGGAACAGCCGCGCUGCUGCCGCUGGUAAACUCCUGCCCGAGACGUGGACCAUCGACGAGUUUACAGUGCACGAAGGCAGAGAGCCCGAGUUAAAAUGCGCCAAGUCGCGAGUCGAACAAGUUUUCCAGGUAUCGUUUACUAUUAUUGGCCUGUUGGACCACACAGUCGGAGCCCACGGAAGUAAAGCGUCUAGGCAAAUCUGGCUUCAGCUGAAGGGGAAAAAAGAGGAUGUAUCCAAAGCAAAGGAAUAUGUUAAGGGGCUUUGUGACCCAGAGCUGCAGAAAGAAGAAAAAUAUCCAGUGGACAUGCAUUGUAUCUUUGCUGGUGCUGGUGGCCUUUUUCUGGACCAUUUGCUGCGUGACACAAGCGCUGAGGUACAGGUACUGGAGCCAGGCCGCCUGAGGCUUCUGGGUUGUGCCGAAGCAGUGGUAAUGGCGCAGAGCCGCGUGCAGCAGUUUGUUGCCCUUUUCCAAGAGAAACGUAGUUUGCCAGCUGACCGUGAGCCCUCGGUCAAGCGAGCCUUUAAAAACUUUGUGGAGGAGCGGGCAGAUAAAUACACCAUGGAGCUGUUGCUUUUGCCAAGUGCCCUGAAGGAGGAGCUUCUGGGGCUGGCUCAGAGCCCCACGCAGCUUAGUAUCAUUGUAGACGUAGAGCAGGACCGCUCUCAGACCAGCACUCCAGUCACUGAGCUCUCUAAUAGGAUCCUGGUCGCAACCUUUGAGGAAAAGUCAUCAACAAAGGACAAGUCCUUCUCUGAUGACACGGCAUCAAGCUGUGUUCCAGUGACUGACGUACUGGUACUGAACGGGCGGCCAACGCACAAGCGGCGCUCAUCUGAAAGUGAGCAAAGGGACACCAAAAGGCAGUAUUCACUGGAAAGAAAGGAUGAGGACCAGGACAGAGAAAAACCUCGUGCAAACAGCCAAACACGGACAAGGCCUCCUGGCAGGAUGGGCGCACUGGUGUUGGACACGGGGGAUACAUCUGAUGAAGGAGAAGCUGUGAGUCCUGAGACAAACUUGCGGUGUCUGGUAAACUUCUUUAGAACCAUGGGGUACCAGCAGGAUGUUGUAGAGCGGGUAGUGCAUGAAACAGGCCAAACCGAAGACACGUUUCUGCUAUUGGAGCGCAUUGUGGAGGAGAGCCAAAAGAACCAAAAAAGCCAAAAGAGCAAAGAGACCUCCACUAUGGCUAACCAAUGUUCCUCCACCACCUCCACCUACUCUCGGCUCAAGGAGAAGGAACGAGUGCAAGGUCGAGCUUUAACCGAGAUCAAGCUAAAGGAGAAUAUUAAAGUGCCCAGCAGUAAUGGUUGGAACCAGAAGAGCCAAACAAUUAGUUCAACAUCUCUGGACAGUGACGAUGAUGUCAUAGAGAUUGGGAGAAAAUGCAGGACAGUUGGGCCUCUGGAUUUUAAAUCGGACAGUCGGCUUGAUUGCUUGUCACGAGGUGGCUCACAGACUGUAGGGCCUAUGCGGAUGGAGACUGUGACUGCACUGCGCAGUUCUGCUACAGAAACACGGCCAAGCUGCUCCUACCAGACCUGUCCACGAGUGCCACUAUCCCACACUGAGCCACCAGCACUGCCAAAGGCCAUGCCUCUUACAGGGAUGUCCCGCUUUCAUCAAUCACUUCGCACUCCCUAUCGGCUUGUCCUACAGGAUGUACCCGGACACCCAGACCUUCGGCACAUCAUCAUAGAUGGCAGCAAUGUGGCCAUGGCACAUGGUCUCAAUCGAAUUUUCUCUUGUCGUGGGAUUGCCAUUGCAGUGGAAGCCUUCUGGCGAAGGGGACAUCGAGAGAUCACUGUCUUUGUACCCCAGUGGAGGCAGAAAAGGGACCCCAACAUUACUGAACAACAUUUCCUUAAUCAGCUAGAGGACUUGCGGUUGCUGUCCUUCACCCCAUCUAGAGAGGUCUGUGGGCAAAGGAUAUCUUCACACGAUGACAGGUUCUUGCUUCACUUGGCAGAGAAGACUGGAGGCAUCAUUGUCACUAAUGACAACCUGAGAGACUUUGUUACACAGUCUGAGGCUUGGAGAAAGAUAAUACAGAAGAGACUCCUGCAGUUUACAUUUGCGGACGAUCAUUUCAUGAUCCCAGAUGAUCCUUUGGGAAAACAAGGGCCUCUCUUGGAGCAGUUCCUGCGUAAAGACAGCCGAUCAACUACAAGUCCUCUCAUGCCUCCAGUGAGGAUGGAUCUGCAGUCCACGCCAUCAGUCUAUGCCCAAACGCAUGCCCAGUUGCCCACUCAGUCCAGAUCAGCAUCGCACUGGCCCCAUUCCGGGCCCCCUGACUGGCAUCCACCUCGCCCCUCCCCUUCUCCACCUCCACAGCGUUCACCCUCAGAAACUACAGCGCUGAAAAGGAAGCUGUACGACAUUUUCCCUGACCAAACGCAGCGCAUCGACCGCAUCCUCAAUGAAAACCCUUACAUGCGGGACCUGAACGCUCUGUCAGGCCUCCUGUUGGGGUGAACCCAUCACUGUUGAGACCACAUGCACAAACACACAAAGCAGUGUUUCAUGUCAGUGUGACUACAGAACAAUUGUAAAAAAAUAUAUAUAUUUUUUCUUUUCUUUUUUUGAUAAAGACUAAAAAGACUGCUUCAAGUGGGUUGUUUCUUUUACUUUGUUUUCAAGAUUACAGAAUUUCUCCCAUGUAGCUACAAGCACAACUAACAGCUUUAUCUGUCAGUUUUGAUAUGCUUUAAACAAAGGUUGAAAGGUGUAAAGUCCAAGUGAUAUAUAUUUGAUGUACAUAUUUAUUACAAGUAUUCCUGUCAUAAUUUAUCAAUGAAAAAAAAUCUUUGUUCUAAAAGGUGUUUUAGCCAUACAGGUGUGUUUUAAACUGGCUUUGCAACAAUUGCUGCUGAAGGACAGAUGUUUGUUUUUGUUUUCAGUUUUGUUAACAAUGAUUUUGGGCGUUGGCCCAUUUGAGUCAAACAGAAGAUGCAAUAAAGUGUCUACUUUGCCACUAA